AUGAAUUUAACUCCGACAUCACAAGCAAUCUUUUAAUCAUUUUUUAUUUAAAAGACUAAACUACAAUCUUCAAACUAUGUUCAAAAUAAGUCCUCAUAACCAAAUAAAUUAGGUUGCAGCAAAACUAAAUAGUUAUAUGAAAGACCAUGUAGCACUAUAAUAUAAUAAAUUGGAUGUGUAGAUUAUUCAUAAACUCGUUUAGAUAGAACUCGAAAAAUCUCUUUAAAUGAAUCUCAAUUAACUGUUAGAGGAAUUAGAAGGCCAUCUAAAAUUUUAGAAAACAGUGAAUAUAAUUAAUAAGUUCCAAAGUUAUCAUAAUAUUAAUAAAGAAGAACUAGAUGGAUGUAAGUAUCAGAAAAACAAUAAUCUCCAUUUAAAUAAAUCAAUAGUCCUGAAUAGGAAAAAGAGAUUAAAAAUAUAAAAAGAAUCAAGCUUCAAUUAUUAAUUAAAGAUAACAAAUAUCCUAAUUUUAAAUUAAAUUUAUUGAAGAAAAAACUUUAACAUUAGAGUGGAGUUGAUGAAUAUUUUAAUGAUAUGAUUUUUCAUUAAUAAAAAAAUAAUCCUGAAUUAAGUGAUUAAAUAAGAAUCAUUAUUACAAGAUAAGAAUAAACAUUAGAACCACUUGAUAGUAGUAGGAUAGAAAAAAUUAGAAAUUAACAUUGA